AUGGGUCAGAGUAUUGGUCUUCAUGUGGAGUCAGCCUCUAUUGCAGCAGAUCGUGCACACUGGCGGCGUACUUGGUAUGCUAUGUACGUUUUAGAUCGACUGCUUGCUCUUCAGCUUGGACGACCAAUGGCUAUCCAUGAGUUCGACUUUCAGGUCGAACUACCCGUUGUAGAUGAUCAGACUCCAUUCCUCCCUUCAGGCGAGUCUGAUUGUCCUGGCCCUGUAGCUCAGGACCACAUGAUGGAUUACUUUUUGGAAGUCAUCGGGUUUUCUCAUAUUGUGGGACAAGUUAUCCGGGUUCUCUACCGUCCAUCUCAGAUUGACCUUUCUCCUGAUCAAAUACUGCAAAGUGCGUCCGAUCUGGAUAAGCGCUUAGUUGAUUGGAAAGCGAAGCUACCUCGGCAUUUACGCUUUGAUUUAGGGCAUACUUUCGAAAAAUCGAUGUCAUUUAAGCGACAACGAAAUAUGCUUGCAGUAAAGUUCCACCAUCUUCGAGCCCUGGUCCACCGACCAUUCCUUUGCCUACCGCUCCUCCAGAUGAACAACCAGUCUUUCAUGAAUUUACUCCUCAGGGAUAAAGAGCGCAUAUCUGAGGCCGAGUCAAUAUGUGUGCAUGAAGCGCAACAAACAGCCCAUCUCCUACACAACGUCGUGGACGAGCGCAGCUUAGUUCACGACUUCCCAUGGUGGCAGAUGAUAUCAUGUCUGAUCUGCGCAAGCUCUAUAUUAUUCGUGGCAGAAAGCUUUUACAAUAAUAACAACAAUAAUCCUGCAUAUAGCAAGGAAUCUUCUCAGAGUCUGCUAGAGGAUGCUGGAACUUGUUUAAAGGUGUUUGAGGCUCUCAGCGCGAACUCCGCUGCGGCUAAAAAGGCUGCCGAUAUCCUCGAGGGUCUUUCUCAGAUGCGUCGAUCUACAGAAGAAGUACCAACUGGCUCGACUAGUCUUGUCACUACGUCGCAAUCCCAGGUGGUCCCCUUGCCCAAAAGAAACAACACUGCGUAUACUGAGCAGCCGGUAACUGAGUAUAUGCCUACUGCUAUUUUCCCCUCACAACAACUCGCUGCUGAUCAGCAAAAUCUGAGUGAUUGGCCCAGUGAAAUCUCAAGUGCUAUGGAAUGGUCGAUUCGGUUCCUUGAUUAUCCGCAAUUUCAAGCUGGUGAGUUUCAAUAUAAGUAG